AUGUCUGCCCGAGUGCAGGAGAGCUGCAGGCAGAGCUCCCACCUCACCCAGCACCAGCAGAGCCACACGGGCGAGAAGCCCUACGCCUGCCCCCACGCCGUCAGCCCAAGCUCGACCUUGCCCCACCACCGCCCCAGCCACAGCACUGAGAACCCUUACACCUCCCCGAGGGCGGGAAGAGCUUUGGAUGCACCCCAACCUGGUCAAGCAUCUCCGGACCCACACCGGGGAGAAGCCCCAUGGCUGUGGCAAGCACCAGUUCUCCUGAAGGCCUACUGUGAGAGACUGCAGGAGCGAACGUCUCAGGACAGGUCCAGCAGAAGAAAAGCUGCCAGUUCUGCUCUGCAAUGA